AGAGGGAAGACUUUGCAGUCCCAGUUCUAGUUGCAGUUGCACCCCACAUCACAAUACAAUAUACAUCCCCCUCACCCUCACCCUCACCCUCACCCCUACCAUUUCUUCAUCUUUCUUCUCUAUAACAUCAUCAUCAUUAUCAACCCCACUCGACUGGACUGGACUAGAGGGGUUUAUGAUCAUCAUCAUCAUCAUCAUCAUCAUACAUCACUCAUUAUCACUACGUUUAUAUCAUCAUACUCCUUUACCUAGUACUCUCUCUCUCUCUCUCUAUAUAUAUGUAUUAUUAUAUGCGUACAACCCCAUCCAUGUUUAUUAUUUCAAGUAUAAGCAGUUUGCUUUGGUUAGGUAUGCACAUGCUCCAAUAAAUCCUUCAUUCCUUUCGUCUCUCUCUCUCUCUCUUUCUCUCACAAUAUGGCUUCUGCAAAUGCAAAUAACAAAUAUUCCCUUAGCCGCCUCCUACUGAUUUUAGCAUUCUGCUGCUGCUGCUGCAUCUGUUUCAAUGCCAUUCCCAUCUCUGCUGCUCGACACAUGAAACCCAUCAAGAAGAAACUCUCCGCAAAUGGGCUUGCUCUAACUCCUCAGAUGGGAUGGAACAGCUGGAAUCAUUUCCAAUGUAACAUUGAAGAGAAAUUGAUUAGAGAAACAGCUGACGCAAUGGUAUCAACUGGGCUUGCUGCGCUUGGAUAUGAAUAUAUAAAUCUUGAUGACUGUUGGGCAGAACUAAACAGAGACUCUCAGGGGAAUCUUGUCCCAAAAGCCUCUACAUUUCCUUCCGGAAUCAAAGCGCUUGCGGAUUAUGUUCAUGGAAAAGGAUUAAAACUUGGAAUUUACUCUGAUGCUGGAACUCAGACAUGUAGUAAGCAGAUGCCUGGAUCACUAGGAUAUGAAGAACAAGAUGCAAAAACUUUUGCUUCCUGGGGGAUUGACUAUUUGAAGUAUGAUAACUGUAACAACAAUGGUAUCAGCGCUAAGGAAAGGUACCCUGUAAUGGCAAAGGCUUUACUGAAUUCUGGCCGGUCCAUCUUUUUCUCAAUGUGUGAAUGGGGCCAAGAAGAUCCUGCAACUUGGGCCAAGUCUGUUGGGAACAGUUGGCGAACAACUGGAGACAUUAGUGACAGCUGGGACAGCAUGACUUCUCGGGCAGAUCUGAAUGACAAAUGGGCAUCCUAUGCUGGGCCAGGUGGAUGGAAUGAUCCCGACAUGUUGGAAGUUGGAAAUGGUGGGAUGAAUGGCAAUGAAUAUCGAUCACAUUUCAGCAUAUGGGCAUUAGUGAAAGCGCCUCUGCUGAUUGGGUGUGAUAUUCGGUCAGUGGACAAAGAAACACUCGGACUGCUGAGCAACAAGGAGGUUAUUGCCAUCAACCAGGAUAAACUUGGGAUUCAAGGGAAAAAGAUUAAGAAAGAUGGAGAUUUAGAGGUGUGGGGAGGACCCCUGAGUGGAAAUAGAGUUGCUAUCCUUUUGUUGAACAGAGGAGCUUCACAGGCUACAAUUACUGCUUACUGGUCAGAUUUAGGGCUUAAUUCAACAACAGUAGUGGAUGUCCGAGAUGUAUGGGCGCAUUCAACCCAAACCUCAGUUGAAGGACAAAUCUCGGCUGCUGUAGCUUCCCAUGACUGCAAAAUGUAUGUUCUGUCUCCUAAGUGAGAUUGUAACUGGCGGAUGUCAUGUCAUGUCAUAAUGCUGCAAUUAUCAUGACAACUUUAUCAAUUAUAUCAUAAUCCUUUCUCGUCAAUUCCCCUAUGA